AUAGCAUCAAGCCGAGCUCCAGGCCCUCUAAAACGAAUCUUUCAUCCACGGGGCGUCUCCCUUGAGGUCGUACCUCGAUCAAUCCCUUCUCAUCCGGGACACCCGUUGAAGAACAAGAAACGCUCGGAUAUCCCCAGCGGGCUCUUGCUCCCCUCGGACGCACUAAGGCUUUCCCUCUCUCUUCCCAACCUGGCUUUCGGUGGUGACAAGGAUGAUGUCGAUGUCGAGGACCGGGUCCACCUUCAUCUAAGCCCGACAGAAGACCUCAUUCACCCUCAAGCCAAGAUCAAUUACCUUUCUUCUUCCGGAGAGAUCCUCUCAACGACCCCCCUGUUCGCACACGAUCACGCCAACCGACUAUAUUCGGGCGAAGUCAUUGCAGAUGGGUUCUCGGAUAAGAGAUUCGAGGAGGAUAAGAUUGGCAAUGGGGGAUUGUGGUAUCACCCUGCUAGUGGGCCUGAACGAGGCGUCCGGGGUUGGGCUAGUAUACACGUCUAUGAGAGCGGGUUGGAGGUCGAAGGAUUGAAGUCGGGAAGGCCUAUGUUUGGGGGCACGAUCAACGUGGAUGGACGAGUGUGGAACGUGAUGACCCGAGAGAAUUACCAGAGGCAUAGGCAAGAGUUUGAUCCGGUCGUCAUGGAAGAAAGCGAGGAUGGGGAAAUGGUCAUCUUCUUGGAGGGAGAUCAUCAUCCUAACCCUCGGGAUGCUCACGCCCACGCGCACAAGGACACUGGGGCAGAGACGACGACAGGGUGCGGGCAUGAUACGAUCGAGUGGAAUAUGGACAAUACCACGCAUCCCGUUCGGCGACCUCGGACCCCGGCUCCCGUCUCUCCCUGGUGGAGCUCUUCCGCUGUCGACUCCCUUCCCGACCUCUUUGCCGAUUACCCGGAAACUCCUCGCACGACCAAAUUGAGGCGUGAUGAUAUCCCUACGGGCGGUACGACCAACCCGAACACGAACUACAUCAACUCGAUCGGAUCGACCUCGGGAUGUCCGGGCGAACAGAGGGUCGUCUAUGUCGGGUUCGCUGCGGACUGCAACUAUGUUGGGACUUAUGGAGGUGCUGAACAGGCCAGGACGCAGAUCUUGACAAAUAUGAACUCUGUCUCCAAUCUCUAUCGACAGACCUUCAACAUCUCAUUGGGAAUCAUCGAGCUCAACGUCGUCAACGAUACCUGCGCUACGUCUUCCUCGGGCGCUUUACCGUGGAAUGUCGAGUGCUCAAAUACGAUCACGCUGAACGAAAGACUGUCCCUCUUCUCUCAGUGGAGAGGAUCUUCGGGAACUCCAGAUGCCGGGUUAUACCAUUUGGCCACGGCAUGCGCGACGGAUACCGAAAUUGGAGUAGCCUGGUUGGGGACCAUCUGUCAGACCGGCAGUAAUCAGCAGAGCAGCGGUUUCGUUAGCGGGACCGGUGUUAGCGUGGCGACCAGGUCCGAGUGGAGUCUGAUUUCGCACGAAAUGGGUCAUAACUUUGGUGCAAUCCACGAUUGUACGAGCGCGUGCUCGCUCUCGGGCUCGUGUUGUCCUUUCUCGUCGAGUUCAUGUGACGCGGGUCAGCGAUACAUCAUGAACCCGUCGACAUCCACGAGCGAUCCGCAGGUCAUGUUCUCGCCCUGCAGUGUGGGCAACAUCUGUUCCCUCAUGCAGCAGAACGCGUUGGACUAUAGCUGCGUGGUUCCUCCUGGAGGGAGGACAGUGUUGAGCUUGCAGAGCUGUGGCAACGGGAUUCUGGAAGACGGCGAGGAUUGUGACCCUGGAUCAGACGGAUCUUCGCCUUGUUGCGAUUCUGCUACUUGCAGAUUCAUUAACGGAGCCGUCUGCGAUCCCGCCACCGAUGCAUGCUGCACUGGGCAAUGCGCGUAUGCCUCGAACAGCACGCUCUGCCGCGCAUCGGUCGAUGAGAACUGCGACACUCCCGAGUACUGCACCGGGUCUUCCCGAAGUUGUCCCUCCGACAGGACCGCGGAGGAUGGGACCGGGUGCGGUAAUGGGUUGGCUUGCGCCAGCGGACAGUGUACUUCGAAUGAUCUUCAAUGCCAGACCGUCGGAGCUUCGAGGAACCUGACGCAAGCGUGUAACCAACGGGGAGAUAGGAGCUGUGUCGUAUCGUGUCAAGAUCCUCAGUCCUCCAACCGAUGUCUCAUUCUUCAAUCGCCACUCAUCGACGGAUCACCUUGUGGCUACGGAGGCAAUUGUUAUAACGGGACCUGCAGUAGUGGCAGUGUUGGGGAGCAAGUCAGCUCGUGGUAUACCCAAAACAAGAACAUCUCGAUCCCCGUGACGGUUGUCGGCGGAUUGAUAGUGAGUACCCUCGAUCCUGGUGGUUGUGGGUCGGAGCGCUUGUGCUGA